UCGUCGAACGGACGUAAACUGUCAGAUGGCAGCAACACGUCUGACGAUGUGAGUAAGGACUCUGGUUGCGCCACGGGGAAGUUGUCAUCCACGGACAGUGGUUCUGAGAUUUCUGAAUCCACAUCAGAGGAGAACAAACUAUCCACGGACGCCCAGAGUAGUGACUUGGAAUCUAGCAGCCGUGAGGAGGGUACCGACACAGAAAGGAUGUCCCCAGGGCUUGGCAUUUGGGAGGGAAGUAUCUCUCCUGGAGACGAGCGGUCGUUUGCAUCACUUGACAGCAGGUUAAAUUUUAGCGCAUCUGGAGGAUUCUCUGAUUUCACAGGAGGAUUUGUGGAUGGCAUGCACGACGACCUAGUCCGAGAGAUAGACGAUCUUAGAUCAGAAAACAUGUACUUAAAAGAUGAGAUGGAGGAGUUGCGGGCAGAGAUGCUGGAGAUGCGGGAUAUGUAUAUGGAGGAGGACGUGUAUCAGCUUCAGGAGCUCAGGCAGCAGCUGGACCAGGCCAAUAAGACCUGCCGCGUCCUGCAGUAUCGCUUAAGGAAAGCUGAGAGACGCAGUCUACGUGUAGCCCAGACAGGUCAGGUGGAUGGAGAGCUCAUUCGGUCUCUGGAACAUGAUGUUAGGGUGGCAAAAAGCGUAUCCCUCCGCCUGCACAGUGAGCUGGAAGCAGUGCAAAAGAAGAAGUCCCAGCUUGAGUGGGAGAAUGAAGGACUGCGAGAGCGGCUACAGGACCUGGAGAUAGCCAAACAGGUUCUGCAGGCUGAGAUGGACAAAACCCGUGAGAAUUCUUUGAAGAGAAGAAAUAUGAAGUCAUCUUCUGGCAGGAGUGAGAAGAAACUUUCCCCACAGGAUGACAAUGCUGAUCUGAAAUGCCAGCUGCACUUUGCUAAAGAGGAGUCAGCACUCAUGUGUAAGAAGCUGACUAAAAUGGCUGUGGAGUGUGAGACCAUGCGGGAGGAACUGGCCAGGUAUCGCAUCCUUUAUGGCGAAGUUGAUGCAUCCCAGGCUGCAGCCGGUGCAUCCAACUCAUCCCACACCCGUGAAGCCGAAGUCAAAGUUCACUUGCGUCUGGUAGAGGAGGAGGCCACACUGCUGAGUCGCCGCAUUGUGGAGUUGGAGGUGGAGAACCGCGGGCUCCGUGCAGAGAUGAGUGAACUGCGAGAGAGACUAGGAGGGGGUGGGGGAGGAGAAGAAGAGGAGGAGCCAAUGGAGGGGGCAGGAGAACACCUGGCCAUAUCUCUCUGUAUGACAGAACCAGGAAAAAUUGUUGGUGGGGAUCUGAAAGAGGGACAUCUUGGCUUUCAAGAGAAAGAGGAUGUAAACACAGUUCUGGUGGUUAAACAGAUACACCCUGAAGUGGCAGGCUCAGAAGAGCAUCCCCUCAAACAUAUUUUCCGAGAGGGGCCAGUGGGUGGGGAGAAAGACCAGCUCAAUGACCAGGAGAAAUCUGAACAAGAUGGACAGCAUAGUGGAAAAGCCCAUUCAGAUCCAAGCUGCAGUUUCAACCCAAAAGACUUUGAGACCCUUGUCACCAUACGUGACCAAGCUCUUCUUGUUAGAUCAACUAUCCAGUGCUUUGUGGCACCCUCAAAAAAUGGCCACUCCCCCUCCUCAAACCAUAACUGUCAUUCAGGUUCACCAUACCUUAACAAAGCAGAACCAGAUGCUAAAAGCAAGACCCACCCAUGGCUUCUGGACCCCAUGCUGAGUCCCUUGACCAGUGGACUGGAGGUUCUACAGGCCCAAUUAAAAACUCUAGUGGGAAAGGUGGAAGCCCUGUUGAGCUCAGCACCAUCUGAGACAAAUAAUUUUCCUACUGUAACAUGUGAAGACUUAAAUACAGCAGAGAUGAAUCUGUCCAGGACACAAGAGCUACUGAAACACUACUCUAAAGAAAAUAGUCUGUUUUCCAUUGACUCUCAGAGGAGUGCAGGUAAUCAAGAGAACUUGGUGUUGCUCAUCCUCCAGCUCCGCUGUUUCCUCCAGCAGUGGCGACAAGGACAGAGGCCCAGUGGAGAGGGAAAGAACCUGUUUGAGGAAAAUAGCCAGAAGGAUCUUCAUCUUUUGAUGGAAGAACCUUUGACAGUAGACGGUUUUGGGUUUACCUCUGAUUGUCUUUCUCAGAUGCCUGGCACAACUCUCUUGGACCUGAAGAUGAUACUGCAGGACUUGAGCACCGAGUUGUUGGAAGAGCACCGGAUGGGUCAGGAGAUUGCCACACAGUUUGCUCGUGCCAAAGCUGCCUGGGCUGUUGAAUCGACUGAGCUGAGGAGCCAUAUUAACACGUUGGAGGGCACAGCCGUGAAGAAUGGUGGAGGUGGUUCCUCAGACCUCAAGGUGACGUUGCAACAAGAUAAUGUUGAGAAACUCCAGCAACUUUUAGCUGAAUCCUACGCAGCGGUUAUGGACUUGACACGCCAGCUGAAAGCUCGUGAACGCAGCUGGAAUUGUGAGAGGCAGGAGCUUCUGGAACAUUUCAAUCAAGCUUCCAUUGCCAAGAAAGAAAGACAGAGAAUAAAUCACAGAACAGCUACAAUGACAAGAGCAUCUACCAAGAACUGGCAGUACCUCAGCCGUGAGGCAGCAUUAAUGGACAAAGACGAUCUGUGCAAGACCUGGGACUGUCCCAUUCUGCCCCCUAGCUUCCCAUGGUUAAACACGAGACUUGAGUCUCUGCACAGGAGUCACACAGCCCCAGAGAAGUCCACACUCCGCAUCUAUUAUAGCCCUCCGUCAGCACGUAGGAUCCACCUGACAGCUACCGAGCAGGAGGAAGAAGAGGAGGAGUGUGAGGAGAGGCAGGAGGAGUUGAACCCUCCCUGUCACACAACUGGGUCGCAGCACAAGAAUGGUGACUGGCUCACAAGCUAUGAUAAUUGGCAUGGUUGUCUUCCUUUUGAGUACCAAGGCACUGGCGUCAUCCUAUCUCCCUCAUCCUGUAAUCUCCAGCCCCCUGGCAUUUCAGCCCUUCCUUUCAAUGAUUUGGAAGCAUCAGCUAACCUGAGUGAUGACAUGAAGGAGAUGACAGCUAGUGUACGACAGGCUUCUCAUCCCAGCUCCCUGGAGCGGAGGAGAGGGAGGGACGCCGGAGGCCUGAUUGUGGGAGUUGUCAGUACUGGCACGCAAACUCGGGCCCAGCCACAAAUGACCAGUGUCGGACUACAAACUGAAGGGCCCCGAGGUACAUACUUGGGGAGACAGUGGUCACCUCGUGUCACCUCUUUUGUAUCCACACGUGCUCCACAGAUCUCCUCCUCGCUGGAGAGGGUGACUGGAAAGGGAGAGAAGUCUCCUACCCGUUCCACCUCUCCCAAACUACAACGCCGAUACUCUGCUUCUUCGUCGUUACUCUCCUCCUCUUCCUCCUCCUCCUCCUCCUCCUCGUCUUCAUUUACCUCAUGUCCAAUGUCCUCCUCUUCUUCUUUAACCCCGCCGUCCAGGUUAGAUACCCCCAGGGAGCGGGGUUUGUGGGGUAUUCCCCAGCGAGGAUCUGCUGGUUCAGCCUGGGCACGCUCCACCACUGCUCGACCUGGUUCCACGCCUGCUGGAGGUAGUGAUAAACCAACCGGCCGAAAGGCAUCAGGGAUCCCCAAAUACGGCCUGGUCCAGGAGUUCCUGCGUAACGUGUGUGGCCGUGGAGAGAAGCCCAGCCUUGGGGGAGAUAAGGCCCCUGUGGUUCGCAGAGAUCACACUGGUCCUGCAGGACCUAAGAAAACGGAACGCCCUCCGUCACGACUCCCUGCUGCCCCGCUUGUUAGGAGUGACAGCAUCACCAGGAUAGUAAACCGUAGAUUUAUGAAGCAGAGUCAACGAGAUGAGACAGGAUCAAAUCAAAAUCAGAGUCAAACCAACAAGACACCAGUCGGCAAGGAGAAAAGUCUUAGCAGUACUGCUGUGGAGGAUGGUUCCUGUGACUGCAGCUCUCGAACUCUGACCUCCUGUUUUGCCCGACCUUCGUGCACCACCCUCCGCCACACCCAAGGACACUGCAAACACCGACCACAUGAAUUCUCCUCAGCAGCUGGUGGGAAAGACAAUCCGCCUGCUCUGUGA